UGCCAAGACCCCGCAUCAGGUACCCUGCCGGAUAUUGAUUGAUCCAUCCCCCCGCCGCCGCCCUCCAGCCUUCCAUCAUUCCAGUAACUUACCAGCCACAAGUCCAGAUCGUCGCCAGGCAAAAAGGCUAAUGGGUCUAUCGAGACGUCCACUCUCUCACUCUGUCGCCAGCAACUCCGCCUGCUUCUGCACCCUGUAACCCACUCCCCACUCCUGAAAAGGCCCAGACCACAGUCCAUUGAUCAACCCCACCAUGGCCGUCUUCGUCGAGCUCCCCGACGACGACACCGCGCCCCAAGACGCCGCCGAUGCGCGUUACGCCGCUGAAUGCCAAGCGCGCGCCGCCUUCGAGACGGGCGGACUAAACUCCCUCUCCGUCGCUGAUCAACCCGUCGUCGAGGUCAUAAAUGCAAACCGCAACUCCAUCACCGAAGUCUUCGCAUGUUACCCCGCAGCAACAAUAAUAACCACCCACAUCGACCUCAACACCCUCGACAGCCUGGCCCGCACCUGCCGUCAGAUCCGCGAGAACCUCCUCCAAUUCCGGUCCCAGCUCAUCAGCCGCACGCUGCGCUGUAGCAACGAUGCCGUGGCGCUGGAUAAGAACCAUACACUGCGCUACCGGGCGAGGGCAACGAACUGGUAUUUCGUGGAGGAGGAUGGGGUGAAUACAGAGGGGAAGGUGGGGGAGUGCGCGAGGGAUUUGGUGGGGGGGUGUAGGAGGUGUGGGGUUGUUGUUUGUAGGAACUGCGCAAUCAAACCCCCCGCCCCAAUCCUCCUCCACCACCGCCACCGCCGCCUCUGUCCAACCUGCCUCUCCCUCCCCCUCCCCUCCCUCCUCUCCCCCCCCCUCCCCGUCCCCGUCCCCCUCACCCCCGUCACAACCUCCACCAUCUCCCGCUCCGUCUGCCAGUGCGCCUCCGCGGGCGUCUGGCUCUGCCAACCCUGCGGCCGUGGUCUCAAAAGCGCAGAUAGCACGUAUGACUCCAUAUGGCGGUGGCGCAUGCAGUAUUCCCCCACGCUGGCGGAGGGGAGUAGACGGUGUGGGAGGGCGGGGGAGUGUGGGGCCGCGGCGGUGGUGGAGGAGGAGGUGGAUUGCGAUGCGAUGGAUUUGAGGGAGGGUGGGGAUGCGGUCGUGGAUGCAGCCGGUGGAAGGGAGGGGGGUGUAGUUAGUCCCACGCCGAGUGAGGGGAGUGCUGGAGGAAGUGGGAGGAGUGUUAGUAGUGGGAGGAGGGGCGCGGGGUACGCGAGGCAUGAGAUUGAGGGGAUUGGGGGCGUGGUGAAGAGGAAGCUGAUUAGGAGGGCGAGGGUGGGGGCGUGUGUUGAGGAGUGGGAGGAUGAGAGGGGGGUGGGGAGGUUUAUGAUUAGGGAGAAGGAGGGGGUGAGGAGUUGGUGUGGGUGGUGUUGGAGGGUUGUGCCGGGGGAUGAGGAGAGGGGGGAGUGGGGGAUUUAA